AUAUUAAGAAUAUUCUACAUCAGUAGAGCGCAAUUAUGACGCGAGGAGUGCAGCAGGUAUAUGAACGUUCUUUUCUAGAAUUCUCUGUUGGGAGUUUUGGCGAUUUGUGCGGUUGGUGUUUUUGUGCGUUUGGCGAGUUUUUACAGUUUAUUUUUCGGUUUUUGACUUGUUUUCGGACUUUGACUAUCGGCUUUGGAUUCGCUUCGUAUUUUGACAAUCGGUUUUUGACGGCCUUCUGUUUUUGACGCUCGAUUUUGACUCUGGACUCCCGGUUUCGACCCUUUUCUGUUUUUGACCCACGGCUUCGGACUCUCCUCGGAUUGGUUGAUGGAAAUGGCAGCGAUUGGUGUUUUAUCAGUGUGUGUGGAAUCACCAAGAGCCGUGUUCGGUGUGCCCCUCAUCAGCCUGAGGAAGAGAGGACAGAUGAGGCAGGGUCUUCCUCUGGUGCUCACACACAUAGUGGAGUUUGUGGACAAGCACGGUCUCAGUGAGACUGGCCUGUUCAGAGUUGGAGGGUCAGUGAAACGCUGCAAGGAACUGAGAAAAAGUUUUGAUGAAGGAGGCUUUCCAGAGUUUGACAGUAGGGAUGUUCUUACUUCGGCCUCCUUAUUGAAAGUUUUCAUCAGGGAAUUGCCUGGUGGACUUAUUCCAGAGCCACACAGGACACAACUGCUGAAGGUGUUCAGGGAUUCAAAAAAGGAAGAACUGAAUCAGGCUGUGAGGACUGUGCUGAACAGUCUUCCAGAGGAACAUUUUAAUGUCCUCUGCUACCUAAUGUUCUUCCUGUCCCGUGUUGCUGCUGAGAGUCAUCUGAAUCUUAUGACAUCUGAGAACUUGUCAAUAGUUUUUGGACCCAACAUCUUUCACGUUCCUUUCAGCCCCACCAUGGUUGAGGAACAGGGGCAGUGUAACACUUUGAUUGAGCACCUGCUGGACAACCUGAUCCACCUGCUGCCAAACAUGUACCCUCAUGCAUCCAACAGCAACACAGCAGAGGAAAGGGACUGGACUAAUGAAGAGUGUGUCCAACAACUGCCACUCAAAGAAAUAAGAUUAAAGGUUCCCAAAAUUGGACGACUUGGGCGAUUGAGAAAACGAUUAGGAUGUUUUUGGAGAAAGUUGUGCUCAUGCACUUACAGCAGUGACAUAUAGAGUGGAGAAGCCUCUGGAGACCCAGAUAUAGGAGAGUAAAAGACACUGGCUUAUGAGGGUCACCACAAAACACUGGACCCAGUAAGGUUCACUGCUAGAUAGUGGGGCCGGUGAGGACCACC